AUGAUGGAGAUAGACAUGGUGGCCUCGAUGCCAUACCGCACGCGCUCGUCCACCAAACGCGCUCGUUCUCCCGAGUCGUCGCCCACACAGUGCGACCGCCCCUCGAAGCGCGCCGUGAGCAACUACGGCAGCGGCGUCCCCCUCCCCUCUCCGCCCCUCGAAUCGCCCGCGAUCCGCGUCCGAAACCACUCCGAAGACUGGGUGUCCCAGACUCAAGACUUGCGCAUCGAGAGCCCCGCGCUCUCCAUCCCCGGCAGCGGGUUCAACACCCCUGGCAGCCAGCCAGGCGAAAUCCGCGUCGACGCUGUGAUGUUCGAAGACGAGCAGAUGAUGCCCACGGACGACGACCGCGCUAUGUUCAUGUUCCCUGCAAGCGCCACCCCCGCACCCACCGCGCCGCUCCUCCAUCUCCGCCCCUUUGGCCCCCACUCCGCGUCCGGCUCCGCGGCGUCCACCCCGCCGCAGUUCUCGAGCCCGGCCCUCCUCCAGAUCCCGCUCAUCCAGAUCCAAAACGCGACGCCCUCGCCCGUGCAGCCGUUCCCGCAUCCCACCUUCGACCUGCCGGUCACGCAAGAGCGAGAGCAAGCGAUGCUGGACGCGCCGCUGGAGGAGCCGCGCUCGCCGCUGGCCACGCGCCGGCAGCGGUUCACGAUGGGCCCGCGCGCGGACUGCGAGCAGUGCCGGAUGCGGGUCCCCGGCCACUACGCCCACUUUUAG